AUGGACGGCAGCAAGGCGAAGAAGGUGGCGGCGAAGAAGUUCGGCGGGCCGAGGAAGAAGUCGGUGACCAAGUCCAUCAAGGCUGGGCUCCAGUUCCCCGUCGGCCGCCUCGCCGCCGUCCUCGAGUACCUCGCCGCUGAGGUGCUGGAGCUGGCCGGCAACGCCGCCAAGGACAACAAGAAGACGAGGAUCGUGCCGAGGCACCUGCUGCUGGCCAUCCGCAACGACCAGGAGCUCGGGAGGCUGCUGAGCGGCGUCACCAUCGCCCACGGCGGCGUGAUCCCCAACAUCAACCCGGUGCUGCUCCCCAAGAAGGCCGCCGAGAAGGCGGAGAAGGCCGGCACCGCCGCCAAGUCGCCCAAGAAGGCCACCAAGUCCCCCAAGAAGGCCACCAAGGCCUAG